AUGGAAGGGCGGAGGCCUUUGGUGUCCCUUCCAGUCAAGAAUUGGGGCCUCACAAUCACUAGCCAACAGGCUUUUCUCUCAUGCCUUUCUUCGUUCAUGGUUCGAUAUUCUGGUGUCCUAGGCGUAGAGGAACCACACCAACCCAUCCCGAAUUUGGUGGUUAAACUCUACUGCGGUGACGAUACUGUAGGGGAGGUGGGGAGAGGGAAGGUUCCUUUUUUUGAGGGUACUCCCGGAAACAGAUCCAGUGGAGACGGGGUGGGGCCUGUAGCUCAGAGGAUUAGAGCACGUGGCUACGAACCACGGUGUCGGGGGUUCGAAUCCCUCCUUGCCCACAACCGGUCUUGA